AUGGCUUCGCCUAUGCCGAUUGAGGCGGAACGUUAUAUAGUGACAGAUGAGGAGUUUGAGUCAUUACAGCGAUUCGAUUGGUCAUCUGUAUGCCCCGAGGUUUUGAACGAUUUGGAAUUUAUCACUAAGCUUCCACCGACUCCGGUACUCGACUAUGAUGCACUCGGGCCCCUGCUACCGCCCGCCGACCCCGAUGGACUAAAUAAGACGCUCUUUAUCGACUUGGACGAGACACUUGUGCACACUGCACUCGGCGAUGCAGAUCCCGGGAAUCGGGCCCACGACCUCAGCUUCGUCUCCGACGCAGACGGCAGCGUACAGGCCCGUGUGUUCUUCCGGCCUUGGACCCACGAUUUCCUCAGGAUCGCCAGCCAGUAUUACGAGUUAGUUCUUUAUACUGCCAGCGUGAAGCUGUACGCGGAUAUUAUUGUGGAUGAGUUGGAUGUAGAACAGUGUAUUCGCCAUAGGUUGUAUCGAGAGCAUUGCACGCAAUAUGGUGAGAGUGAGAUCUAUUUUAAGGAUUUGAAUGGUACAGGUAGGUCGUUGGAGAGCUCGGUGGUGAUUGAUAAUCGUUUGAUCUCUUUCGGUCUGAAUGUGACGAAUGGAAUUUUUGUGUCCUCUUUCACAGGACAACCGAAUGAUACUGAGUUGCUACAUUUGCUACCUAUCCUGGUGGCGUUAUCUAAGCAAAGUGACGUUCGUGUAGCACUCGCUGAGACCUACAAGUUGCCCACAAUUGUGGAUCGGUAUCAAAAGGAUCUAAAGGCAGAUGUUGCGCGUUCGUUGAGUAAGAUCGGGAGUCCCCGGGCACACUGCGUCAACCAUGACACAGGUGCAGUCCACUCACAAGCCACCAUCACCCUCGGGGAGUUCUCCGCCGCUGCCUCGACUGCCCCUUCCGUCGCUGAUCCAGAUCGCUGUCGAGCUCUCGAGACAGAGACUAACGCCGGAGAUAGUGGAGACAGAGAACAAGGCGUAGUCAGAGCACAAGGCAGGGGACAAGGCGUAGUCAGAGGACAAGGUGAAAAGAGAGGAAACGAACCGACAGAAAACAACGGGGGUGUUGCAGAGGAAGAUGGCGGGGAGCGAGGUGACAGCAUGGGCCGCAUUGUCAUGCGGCACACGGUAUCGCAUGACGAGGAGGAUGAGGUGCUCACAGAUGUUCCGGAACAUUUGGCCGAUGACGGCGGGUCGGAGUACCCCUUUUUCCAUGACGACGAAGACUCGUUAGAGAACAGCGGCUGUGUCGACAGCGGCUGUGUCGAAAGACGGGAUGCGCGUGGGGAACACGUCCCUAGCUUCGCACAGACUUCCGGCAACGUCAAGGAUCCUCAUCGUAUCGUCGCACCGGAUAGCACUCGGGGUCACAGUCUUGGUUCGGACCGGAGGCCACAGGGCUCCUUGACGCCAGGGACUCUUGUACCAGAGCGGACUGGGUUCCGAUACGACGAUUCUAGGGCUGGUUGCGAGAGACAGGACCACUACGACAGCCGCGGCAACUACGACGAUCGCAACCACUACGAAGGCCAUUGUGACAAGCGUCAUGACCCGCGUUAUGACGGACGUCAUGAUGGGCUUGAUGACGGACAUUGUGACGGACAUUCUGACUCCCAUGCCGGGUACGACUCGCACGGAGGGUAUGACUCUCAUGGCGGGUAUGGCAGCCGGGGUCCUUGCGACAACCGGGGUCCUUGCGACAACCGGGGUCCUUGCGACAACCGGGGCGAUUAUGACAGCCGGGGCGAUUAUGACAGCCGAGGCAAUUAUGACGAACAAGGUCGCUAUGACGACCAUGGCCAGAGCGACCAAAGAUGUUCUGCACGACCUUACGGCGCGGACUACGAAGCGUCCAACCGCCAACAGGCAGCCGGAGUGGCACAAGUCUCGGACCGACAGCGCGUCCGGAACGAGGUGGACGACGGGCUGUCGGAAGCCCCGAGUCCGAAGCCGUUGCAGCGCAAGGAGACGGAACCGCCUCGACCGCCAAAAAAGAUCAGCUAUGGUACCGGACGCGGAGAGGUCGGCCCAGGACGUGGUGACGCGGGACGCGGCAACGCGGCCUCACGGAACCCACUGGGGACGGACAGAGAAGAGAGACGACAGGAUGAGAGACGACAGGAUGAGAGACGACAGGAUGAGAGACGACAGGAUGAGAGACGACAGGAUGAGAGACGACAGGCGGCCAACAGAGCAGACCGGCGGCCAGCGGAUCAGGUUGGGCACCAGGUGGCUUCGAAUCAGAAGCAAUCGAGUGGUUCUCGGCAUAUGGCAGCUCUGACUCGAAUAAGUUAUUCCAGGGAGAACGCCCAGAACAAUAACGACUGCAUCGAAAGCAAAGUCCGGCUAGCGCAACAGCAGGAACAGCGAGUGCCGUCCAUGCGCCGCCUCACUCUACCGCCCACUCCCCCUUCGCGAAGACGACGACAAAGCAACCCCUUCAAAACAACAGCCGUCCUCUCCAGCUUCUCACGGGUAGCAGUAACCGUAGACCGAAAACCCAUAGCUCCCUACCCACCCAAUCGCGUUCCAACCUGA